UGUUGCGCCCGAGUCGAGCGACCGUUCACCUCGUGUCGCGUACUCGCGUACCUAUUAAGUUUCAAGUGCGUUGUUGGUUUUCGACGAACGUGUCCACCCUGCUGGUUUUUCGCGGUUGUUAUUGUCGCCGACGUUGUGCCGACUCUCAUCGAUCCGUCACCAAUUGCGUCGAGUAUUAUGAUUGGGUCUCGCGUGUUCGCCUCGCAAUACACGUCUGUGGUUGUUCGCUGUGGUUUUGGUCAGUUUAUCGACAGACCUGAGCCCGACGCGCUGCAAUCCACGGCAAAUUAGGCGAGUAGGUAUUGUGUGUGUAGUUCGUCGCCCACCGUCGAAGUUAGCGUUUCCGCGUAUCUCGUGCGACGCCGUUCAUAUCGCUAGGAUUACGUAACAUGGCGCGUUACGUAAUCCGGUCCUUCGCCGUCGUCCAGCGCCGCCGCCGCCGAUACACCACCCCACCACCCACCGCGGCUCAUGUGCCGACAGAAUUCCACUACAACAAAGUGUCAGUGCUUCCGAGCGGUGAUCGUCCGUCAUCACUCAUCAGUAACCUCUGCCGUAAUUUUAGUGUAGCAAGUACCUAGUCAAAAAUCGGAAUCAGCCACUACAAGUCAAAUUGCAUUCUUCUUCGUUGUCACCAUCAGAGCAACGGAAGAGGAGACGACCGGGUAUCCACACGAGGACAAAUAUUCAUUAUAUCCAUGGCGCCGGUUUCUAGAACAAGUAAUGCGUUGAAGCCAACAGCUCGUCAACCCACACCCAGACCUGUGAAGGUAGAGCUCAGUUUAAGGGAUAAGAAAUCAUGUAUGGUGUGUGGACGUAAGGAGAUAAGUGAACAGCUAUAUGGACCACUAUUCAAAUUGGAUGAUGUUGUUAUUCAUCAUUUUUGUAUUCUAUUAUCAUCAAGGUCCAUUCAAAAUGGUGCAGACAAUGAUGGAAUAUAUGGAUUUUUAUUAAAAGACAUAAGAGCUGAACUGUCUCGAGCAUCUAAGCAAAAUUGCUUUUAUUAAAAAAAAGGCGCUUCCAUAUUAUGCUGUCGAGGAAAAUGUCAAAAAGUGUUUCAUCUACCUUGUGGCAUGAAAAACGGAUCAAUGCAUCAAUACUUUCAGUCAUUUAAAUCGUUUUGCCAACAACAUCGUAUUAAGCCAACUAUAGAUUUAUCGGAGUUAAAAAAGUCUACUUCUACUCAAUGUGCUAUUUGUAAAAAUGAUGUUGUACGGUCUUCGGUACCAACUUCUAUUUGGGCACCGUGUUACAAAGGUGAUGCUUGGUUUCACCGAGAAUGUGUUCAAGAUUUGGCCUUAAAUACAGGCUACUAUUUUAAAUGCCCAUUAUGCAACAAUGUCGAAAUAUUGAAGUGCAGAAUGCUGACUCUUGGCAUAUAUAUACCAUCAAACUACGCCUUUAUAAUUUAAUCUAUGUAUUACCUAAUUUAAAUAACAGGUCAUCUGAUUUUCCUUUUAAUAAUACUAUGGUGUCAUCAGAAAAGUGUCUUGUAUACGGGUCUUGAUUUAUGUCGUUUGUUAAAUAUUUAUAUUAAUCAGUUUGAUAAUUUAAUGUCAUUUAAACCCCAUCUUAAGUCUAAGGAUUUUUCAAAGAUUAUAUCAUUAUAAUAAGACUGUUAUAAGAAACUGUACUUAAAUAACAGAUUGUUUUUUCAAUUAUAUUUUUUUGUAUUCUUAAGGUGAUGAAAACUCGCUCCCCCAGCACAAGCU